CCUGCCCCCAGGCUGUGGGAGAGAAAGGGCUUUUCCGCUCCCCCGGGGGCGGCUUAUUCCCCUGUGGCCCUUGACAGGGGAGGCGGCGAGAGGGAGAGAAUCGUGGUAUCCCAGUUGCUGUUGACAGAUCCAGGGAUCAGGGUCAGGAAAGCGGGGUGUUUCUCUCACACGUAGCUCUUGGGGGAGGGAGGGAGUUUGUGGCACUACUGGGGAAGAGGCGCCUCUGACCUUCAUGAUUCUGCUGGAGCCGCAACACCUGCACAAGUUGAAAAACUACAUGCAGUAAAAGCUGGAAAAGUUGAAUUUCACUUUAAGCGAGUGGACAAAAAGCAACAACAUGGAUGAUUUCAUCUCCAUCAGUCUGCUGUCUCUGGCUAUGCUGGUUGGCUGUUAUGUGGCGGGGAUUAUCCCCUUGGCAGUUAAUUUUUCAGAGGAAAGGUUAAAGCUGGUGACAGUUCUGGGUGCUGGGCUCCUCUGCGGAACUGCCUUGGCGGUAAUUGUGCCUGAAGGAGUACAUGCACUUUAUGAAGACAUUUUGGAGGGGAAGCACCAUCAGGCCAGUGAGACUCAAAAUGUGAUUGAAUCUGAGAAAGCAGCAGAAAUAACAGCUGAGCAUGAGCAUGGCCACGACCAUUCAAAAUUACACGCCUACAUUGGUGUUUCCCUUGUCCUUGGUUUUGUCUUCAUGCUUUUGGUGGACCAGAUAGGCAGCUCCCACGUGCACUCUACAGAUGACCCAGAAGCGGCAAGGUCAGGCAAUUCCAAAAUCACUACUACACUGGGACUAGUGGUCCAUGCUGCAGCUGAUGGUGUUGCAUUGGGUGCAGCAGCUUCCACUUCUCAGACCAGUGUCCAGUUAAUAGUGUUUGUUGCAAUUAUGUUACACAAGGCACCAGCUGCCUUUGGCCUGGUUUCCUUUCUAAUGCAUGCUGGGCUGGAACGGAAUCGAAUCAGAAAGCACUUGCUGGUCUUUGCAUUGGCAGCACCUGUUUUGUCAAUGGUGACAUACUUAGGGCUAAGCAAGAGCAGCAAAGAAGCCCUUUCAGAAGUCAACGCCACUGGAGUUGCCAUGCUUUUCUCUGCUGGGACUUUCCUUUAUGUUGCCACAGUGCACGUCCUCCCAGAGGUGGGAGGAAUGGGGCAUAGCCACAAACCUGAAUCAACAGGUGGGAAAGGACUCAGCCGCCUGGAGGUGGCAGCCCUGGUCCUUGGCUGCCUUAUUCCUUUAGUUUUGUCCAUUGGGCACCAGCACUAAAGGUUCAAAGUCACUGUUCUUCUCCUUGAUCUGGUGAGCAGUAAAUGUCAGCUGCUCUUUUCAUCGUUGUCUCUCUUACCCCAUCAUCCACCCCAUCUGCGCUGUGGAGUUCAGAGGGAAGCUUGAUUCCAAUGUGAAGAAUUCUGGAAAAGCUUUUAGUGUAGCAAAAUGUACUUUGGCAGCCAGACAUAAAUUCUGUGUAAUUUUCUUUUCUGAAGACAUUUGAUAUUUUAAUUUUGAUUUCUGGCCCCUAUUCUCAGGGAAGAUGGACUUUGAAUUUUAAGAAAGGUGAGUGGGGAAGAAUUUAAUGGCUCAUCAUGAAAUUGCAAUCACCAAAGUAUUCUGCAACUCAGCGUUCACAGCUGAGAAUAAAACAAUGGAUGGAUGCCUUUUAAUAUGUGGAAAUCUUCUUACCAGUAGAAUAGGGGAACCUCCCCUACAGUUUUUUUUAUGUUGUCCCGACAUAUGUGACUGAUCCAUGUAAUAUCAAUGCCAUAAACCUUGCUGUAAAGAUGCAGUACUCAAAAUUCUGGUUAAUGUACUUGUUGCAAAAGACUAGAACUGUGGAUUGGAAGAAACAUUAUUGGACAAAGAUUAGAGGAAGUCUAGGAUGUCAGAAUUCAGCUAGUUAAGUAAGUGGAGAUGACUUUUGCAUUGCAUUCCCUGGAUUAACACAAAGGAAACAAGAAAGUCCUAGAAACAAGGAAAUAUUCUGUUUUUACUUGGUUUAUGCAAUGGCUUGUUACAUUAUUUAACAAAAAACAGAAACAAAGCACACAUUGGAAGCAGAUCUCCCAUCAUGUCCGUAAAGAGUAGCAACCAAAACUGUAGAGGCAGUUAGGAAUCUGGCACCAGGGCUGCACUGCUACUAUCCUUGAGAGACAAAUACACAAUGUCUUUUUUAAAUCAAACUGUUCAGGGCUCUGACUGGAGAUCUGAUGGAAAUGGAUUUUGAGGGACCAGAGAACUAUACUAGCUCAUUUACAAAGGGCUGAAACUAGUGGUUAGUUUUUUUUCUUUCAUUAAAUAAAAAAUAUUAAGGUUAACAAAACAAGAUCUCUGGUUAAAUACUCAUACUCUGUGCAUAUUGGCAGGUGCACGGUGUGUCUAAACUAGUUAACUGCUCUGCUAAAUCUUCAUACCAACAAGCAAGAAGCAUUUUGUUUUUUUUGAGAACCUAUUAAAAUCAUUCCUUUGGGAAUUUUGCAAUCCAUCAUCUCUUGAUUAUGGUUGAUUGUAGUGAUGCUUUUCUGGGACUCAGUGCCAUUGCAGCUGGAUGAUAAAAGAUUCUCUCCUUAUCAAGACAUGCCUUCUCUUGUCAGGCAGUGUUUUUGUUUAAUUAUGCAAGAAAUGGUACAUUUUAAUAACUGUAGUGCAUACAAAUUCAGAACAGUUGACAUGUACAGAUUGAAAACACAACUCUUGUUUUACAAAAAUUGCUUUUAUGCUGCAUCCAUUUUAAGCCCUAGUCUGAAUCUAUCUGCACUUCUUGUAUAUAAUAUUGCCAAAAUGUUGUUUUUGUUUAGUCAUUUUCAUUGUUUGAAACAAAUCUUCAAAGCUUGAAAUCACUGCCUUCUCAAGGAACUUAUUGUCUCCUUGUGAAAGAGAGAGCCUCCUUCUUCCCUCGCCAUCUGUUUCUUAUGGUACACAGGCCAUCAUGGCUGUGACUUCUUUACUUCAUUACAUCCUCAUUAUCUUUUAGCUCAGCAGUGGGUAUCAGCAUGGCUCUUGGAACAGGAUUUGUUAGUUUAAUUAGUGAUCACUCUGUUCAGUGGCUUUGUAGCAGCACAAAAACAGUAAUCCACUGUCAGAUUUUAACAGUGGUGACUGCUUUUUUGUUUUUUUACCGUUAGAAAGGUGGAUUUGAAAAUCAAUGCAGAAUUAUUAGAAAGUAGAAGACGUUCCCACAAGACUAAUUAUUUUAAGGUAGAUAAAAUAUUAGACCUAAACCAUGGUACAUGAAACUAGGCCUUUAAAAAGCUGUUGUGUUCUGAAAAGCAAUAGCAAAAAUAGCACCACCUAACUGACUAGAUCUAUUCCCUCUAUGUAUUUAGUCAUGCCUAGUUUCUCAAGAGACAAAUACAAAUCUACUUUUAUACCGUUAACUCUGAAAAACAAACACAGCUCAGCUAGAGAGCUGGAUUCUGUUCCCUGUGUACCACCACAGUUAUGGAACUGUUUGCAACUGACAAACCUGUGUAAAUCCACUGAAGGCAGUGUUGGUGCACAAGUGUCACUGAGGGCACAAUUGAGCUUGUAGAACCUUUUUGACAGGUGGUGGUGACAGGCAACAUAUAACGUACAAAGAAUCCUGCUCUUAGACCUCUUGGUAAAUUUGCAGGGCUGGCAGUUAUGAAAAAACACCAAUUCUAUUUGUAAACUGAGCAAAUCUGAUCUGUAGUCAUUGGCUGAAAAUGGAACCUCCCUGGUGACACUUCUGCAGUUACAUUUUUGGGGUAGAAGCACACUUUAAGUUUACUUCCAUUUUUCCCCAGCACAUGCUUAUGGUUAUCUUUCAACAUCUGUGGUUCAGCUUCAGCCAUCAUUUCAUGUCAAGUCACUGUAAUGGUCAGAAACCUAUACAUCCACUUUUACCGUCCCAUUUACCAUCUUUUCCUGCCAGGCUGCAAUAUUCAGCCAGAACCUUUCUCUAUGGACCAUUGCUUAUUGAGGAGGAGACAUUUGACCAAAUCUCUCUCCCCUGCUGACAUAGAUUCUGGCAGGUUUACCAUAGUGAUAAUCAUCUUCCUGUUGGCAUUGCUAAGAGGGUUUUGUCAGACUUCUUGCCAUGGGCACAUCAUAAGAUCAAGUCUCCAACUUCUGGGGCAAUUGCCAGUGAUGAUAAUGCUUGGUUUAGUAUUGUACAAACUAAGCUUGAGAGGCCAGAGCAUUAAGCAUUAUUGGCCAAGAUAUAACAGUGCAAGAAUCUGAAAAGGGUUCACAAAAUUAAAAUGUCUACAAACAAAAUGGGGACAGAAGGCCCAGUAAUGUGCAAUUUUCACUUUGCAGUUUGACUAAGUGGCAUAAGAUUUAUGUUUUUUCCUGUCCACUUAGAACUAGCUUUGUUUUUUUGGCUGCCUUAAUGAUGUAUAUCUGUUGAACUGUUGUUUAAACUUAUAUGGCUGAGACUGCCGCAGUUAACAAGGGAAUUGGGGGUUAUCAGAGAGAUGCAUAGCAGAAUGUAAAGUUUUGUUGUGAAUGUAGCAGAAUGUAAAGUUUUCAGUGCUUGUUUAUGUCCAUUCCAAUCAGGUGUAUAAUGGCCACGGGGGUUGUAAUGAGCCACAGGCAAUGCCGGUACCGCUGGCAGCAGCCACUGCCAGAGAAGCACCAGCACCGCUGUUGCCCCUUACA